AUGGGAGUAAUCACUCCAAUACCAAACAGUAAACUGCCCUUGACACCCCCCACAACUGGAAUGAAAGCUUUGCUCCACUCGAUUACUCCUUCUAGCCUUCUCAGUCCGACACCGAACGCCAUCAAACCGAACGCUAAAGCUGAAGAUACGGAUAAUUGGCGAAACUUACCGUUAAUUUUGUACCAUGGCUCUCGUCAGCUCAGUACUGGAGACGCUGCAACGGAAACUUCUUCAUCUCAAUCGAUCGGACAAGGUGGUCAAAAAAAGGAGGAAGCUUUGUUUUUUGAAAAGUCUGUUACACCGCCCCGUGAAGACACGUUAAUGGAGACUGUUGACACUGAAACUGACGAUGAAGUAGUAUUUGUCGGGAAUACUGUGUCAGUGGCUACAACGUCUAGAAAUGCCAGUCAUGCUUUUACAACUUCAAAGUUAACACACCAUCAUGGUGAACUCGCAUUUCAACAUCAUCAACAAGUCACUUUGUCAGGACGAUCAAGUCGUAAGCGAAGCGAACCGGAAGAGGAAGAGGAAGAAGAGGUGUCAUUCAUUGGUCGUUCGUACAAAACCCCUCGAUUAGAAGUCAGACAGCAUUCGACGACAGGGUCACGAGAAGACACUCCUCUGCAGACGAUGCCAGCAGAUGGUGACUCCUGCUCGAAAUGCGGGAGUACCUGCAAUGACAAUUCUAAGUAUACUAGAGGAAAAGGAACAGGAAGGAAGGUGUUGACCAACAAGAUCAGAGGUAACAUUACCGCUCUUUUGAUGAAUCCAGAUCAAUCGUUGUACGAUCAGCUCCGAUCAGAUCCUAGGGUACAAGAUUGGAAGGAUAUAGCGCAAUUGGUAGGGGCUAAAAGGGAAGAUUAUGAUCGAGUUAGACAUGCUGCCAGGUGGCUCCAACUGCACCUACCAGAUACAGUCGCUAAAGGAAAGCUGUGA